AAGUUCGCGCUAAAAUGCCGAAGCAGCGCUUCCAUUUCCCUCCGAGAAGGUCCAGGGUUUUGUGUCGCAUUACGACUCAGUAAUCACAGGAGAGAGACAAGUUGCAUCUUGAAACCAAUAGCUCGAAAGGAGACUCGCUUAUGGAAAUGGACGAGCAACAGCAACCGCCCCAAGAAGAUGAUCCGUUUCUUGCAUUCGUUGAUUAUGCGAGAUCUGUGCUAUCUCCCGUCGACGAAGGCGAAGGAGAAGGAGGAGGUUAUGAAACGAAUGGUCAUGAAACAGAGACCUGCGGUCCCGGAUGGAGCUGGAUCGUGUCUCGGAUCCUUAGGACUUGUAUCGCUUAUUCAAGCGGAGUGACUAAGGCUAUUCUGCUUUCUGAUCUCUCUCAGGCGUGGAGUGAACUGCACAGAAGCGGGGCACCAAACAGGAGACCGGAAAUCAUCAAUCAGUUGAAGAAGAAACAUAGGAGAACUAAGCUGCCAACCACUAUCACAAUCGACUGUAUAUACGAGAAGAACUUUUUGUCCUUAAGUAGCACAUUGGAAGCUGUUAUUGUCGACGCUUUUGUUCUCCCUGGUACAAACAUUUAUAUGCUUACUUUGGGAGAUUUUUGGAGCUCAAAUACCAUUGGCCUUUAUCUUCACCGAAGAUACUAUGACUUGGUGGAUCCUCGCAAUGGAAUCUUGAAGAAGGGAAGGGAAGUUUUCCUCACUGGAUGCUAUCUCCGAACGGCCAGAGAAGGAUCGGGUUGUCCCCGACUUCUGCCAACAGAAUAUCUUGUGAUCUUGUUAGAUGAUGAUCAGGAUGAUGAUGCCAUGCUGAUAGCAGCUCAGUUUUGCUCAGACUCUUUCUCUUCCAUUUCUCUUGAUGAAGCUAACAGCGGGGUUUCUUAUUCAUUAUAUGCAAGGAUUGAAUCUAUUGAGUCAAUGGAAGUUCAAGGGGUAUUUGGUAAUGUGCAGAGGAAAGAAAUUACUCUUGUUGACAAUGAUGGUGUCCAGCUAAAAUUUCUCUUGUGGGGAGAGCAGGUUCUACUGGCCAAUCUUUUUAGCACUGGAAGUAUGAUUGCAAUUGAUAGACCAUAUAUUGCAAGUUCCAAAGAGAGUGCUGUUCAAACGACAAGUGAACUUUGUCUUGAAUAUGGUAGUGCAACACAACUAUAUCUAGUCCCUUUUGUUCAACAUGAGGAACAAGUGUAUGUGCCCUUGACUCAAAGCCGAUAUCAAGGAUCAAAGGUGAUGAGUGCAUUAGAUCCUACUCAGGGACCUAAAGUUUCACAAGUGUCAUUGCCCUGUGAUUCUCAGGGGUCAAUUGAUUUCAGCAAUUAUCCUUUCCGAUCAUUGGUAAUUGAUCUUCGUGACAAGAUGACUAGCAUCAGCCUCUAUGGUAUUGUUACAGAGAUAUUCCGUGAAACAAAUACCACAAAAAUAAUUUUCUCUUUAAAGAUUAAGGACACAACGGGAGCAAUUUGGGCAAAGCUAUACUUCGCUAGAUCUUGGUCUCUGGGAAGAUUGGGAGUUGGUCACAUAGUCUAUAUAUCUGGCUUGUCAUGCUACAAGACAAAACACAAUAAUCUUGAACUAUCAUGGUUUGAGAAUGAUGUUGGAGCGUCCUUCGUAAAUCUUAGUUGCCUACCAGCAUUAUUAAACUCAUCUUGUCUUCAACGAUUAUCUUGCCUCUCUGAUCUAGCCGAUGGUUCUAGUUGUACAUAUAUAUGUCGAGUUCGGCUUGAUCAAGUUAAUCAAUGUCAUGUCAGUACAAGAUAUUCACAUUCUCUUUGCGGUCAUGUAGUUAAGAAGAUUCCCAGUGGGGUUAAUGAAUGCAGUUUCUGUCUUUGUAAUUGUGAUGAAAUUACACGCACUUUCCACUUGAAAAUCACUCUUGCAGAUGAGAGAGCAAAGAUUUUCGCAUGGUGUACUGGUCAAACUGCUACUGAGUUGCUGCAAAUAUCUCCUGAUGAAUUCUAUGAGCUCCCUGAGGAGGAACAAUUCAUGUACCCUUCAUCACUAGAGAAUGAGAGCUUUGUUGUCGCAUUAGUAAACAGCAAGAGACAGGGUUACUGCGAUCAAAGUCUAACUAGGGAGACUGAUACAGUUUCUUGGGAGAUCACUCGUGCGCUAAGGUACGAAUAGCAUAUGUACAAGAGAACUUUAAGGGAAAAAGUACUUGAUCAUUGCGAAGCUCUCACUGAGAUCGCUAGUACCCCUUGUAAAUUUAGGCCAAUGGCGUAGUUAUCAUUUAUUUAUCUUUCUGAUACAUGACGAACGCGAAGCUAUAACUCCCACAUGUGCCUCUACCUUUGUAUUAUCAAUACAAUAUUUGCUGCUCGACAAAAUUAAAUAAAGUAAAAAGAGAAACGAUAUCUCCUCCCAA